AUGAUGUACGAAAAUUACUGUGAGAAAGAGCCUGAAAUAAAUGUGUCCUAUGAAUUUUAUAGGAAUGUCGUAAAUGAGCUUAAAAUAUCCUUUACAAAGCUUGGACACGAGGAAUGUGAAUUGUGCGAAAAAUUUUCUAUUCAUAACCCUAACACAGCAAUAAGGCACAGGAAUUGCGAAGAAUGCCAAGAAUAUGAAGAUCAUCACACUAGGUACAUUUCAGCGAGAAAAAAAUAUGAAGAGGAUAUUGAAAGCCAAACGAAGCAAAAAAGUACUGACACCAUAAUAUUUGCAGUUGAUUUAGAAAAGGUAAUUAUGUUACCUCGCAUGGAAGAAUUUAAAACGGUAAUGUUUUGUCCAAGGCUUAUCAUUUUCAGAGUUUUGUUCCUGUCGGUGACAAAAGGUUACAUGGAGUUGGCAAAACACUGGGAGUCUUAUGGCACGAAGCUAUUGCAGAGAGAAAAAAGAAAGACAUAA